GACUGUUCAAAGUUUGGAAUUUUAUAAAGGUCGCUUUAGACGAAAGCUAUGUACGUUUGCCGCAUUUUACAUUUAUCGUGAUAUUCAAUGCAUUGUUUGUUAAAAGAUAUUCUUAAAAAAUAACUUUAGGAAAUAGUUAUAAAGGACGGAAAGACGAUAUUAUAUCUAUGUUCUUGGACAGGGGUGCCCUAGACGAUUGGCCACCAUUCAUGAUCCGGUGGUGCGUUUGUCAGCCUUUUAACUCUUCAUUCACCAGCCAUUGACAAUCGUAACGAAACGAAUUGGUGACGGUUCUCAUCGUUUUUCACCGAUGGUACAGAACACGUCGCUCAACUCUGUGACCGUCCUCGUUUAUCGUCGUGCAAUUACGCCCACAGCGAUAAAUCUUGCAAAUUUUUCAUUCUCGGUGCUCGAGAACCAAUAACGUCCACCCCAAGUCAAAUUACGUCGGAUUACUUGCAUCAAAACCUGCAUCAAAACCGAACUUCUGACACGAAACGAUAUUUGCAACAACAAAUUUCAACCCUUGGAACUAAAAUAAACCCUGGAACGGCCUUUCACCCCGAAGUGAGGUGAAACAAAAGUUGGCCGAGUCGGAAAAAGGCAAAGAACAACGUGGAUCUCCGUGAAAUUCCUCCGGACAAAGUUUUCCCAUUAGAGACCGCUCCCCUUCUAUCCGGCAGAAGAGCGGAUAGGCAAACAAAACCCGUAGGAAGAGGAAACGUAAGCCGUCGAAUCGUCCCGAGCUGGUCCAAAAAUCAUCCGUCGACCCGGCAUGGAUCUGCGCGCGCGCGCCGGCAACCAUCUGCGCAGGAGGGAGGACGAAGAAGUCGGCUGGUGGGGUGACGACGGUCGGGGAAUAUAGUCGGAGGGGUGUACGGUGGGGGUGAGCGCGAGGAAUCGAGCGAACGACGCGACGCGUGAUGCUCGUGCUCGCGAUAGUAGUAGUCCGUCGUAACGACGUCGAUGACGUCGACGGAGGGCGCUGCCGACGCGGUCCACUUAAUCGCUGCUAGUAGUAGUAGUCGGUGGUGGUGGUGGGAAUCGUAGUGGCGUGCGUACACGAGGCGACGCCGCGACGUGCUCGUGUGAUCACGGGGGUAGGGGAGAGGCUCGACAGCGUGCGCGCCGCUUUUGCCUGGAGAGAGGAGAGGAGAAGAGAAGAGAGUAGGAGAACGUAAAGAGAGAAGGAAGGAACGAGGCAGCCGGCGACGGUGAAACGAAAGGGUGGUUCGCUAGCGGUUACAGUUUAGUCCCGUGAGUGCGUGGUGUUGCGGCGUGUGGUCACCGAAUCGGCCGGUUGCGAGCGCGUUGCCUCGAACGAAACAAGAUCUGCCGGCACGCUUCCGGUCUCACGGAAGCAUCUAUCAAUCUCGGCAGCAUCGUGCGUGUACUCUGGCGCGCCGCCACGCUCUCUCGUUUCUUAGAAGGGUGUGCGAUCGCGCGAGCUUGUGUGUAUGUGCGCGGAGGGAAAAGCGAGGGCGAGCCCGAGGGCGAAAGAGAGAGAGGGCACGUAGGUGUGUGCGCGGCGGCGGCGGUGGCGGCGGCGGCGAGGUUGGUGGCGGUAGCGGGUAGAGAGAGAGUGGUGCACGGACGUGUGGCGGUGUCGAGUCGUGGUGGAUGGUGGAUAGUGGCGGUUCGGGCGGUAGGUCGGAUCGGUCGGUUGAUCGUCGUCUUCGUCGUCGUCGUCGUCGUCAUCGGCGUCGUGAUCGUCGUCGUGGUCGGUGACGAGGAGAGUACGAAGACAGAAGAGGGAGAGGAGAGGGUGAGAUAGAAAGGGGAAGGAGAGUGGAGGCGCGAGGGAGGAAGAAUAUAGAGGAACGCGAACACCGAGAACGUGGAGGCGAGACGAUCACGGGACCGGAGAGAAGAGACGCGAGGAUGAGAUCGAUAAGGAGGGAGCCGAGGUGGUACGGGUUUCGCGAAACGGGAACGCCGCGGCGCGUGUAGACACACGGCUGGUAAACAGACGCGCGUAAAAUACGCACGCACGCGCCCCGACCACUCAGCUCGCCCCGUGUUGGCAGAGGGUUCGCGGAAGAGAGUCGGUUCUCGCGACUGGACACCGCGACACGAACGGAGAUCAGGAACUCAGUCCCGUCCGAAGGAUUCGCGAGACGGAGGGCGAGGGAGAGAGGAGCGAUCGGAAGAGAUACGGAGGAAGAGGGAAGAUAAAGGAGAAUAUCGGUACGGUGCGCCGGUGGAGUACGGAUUCGUCGCGGAAACGGGAUCGUCCUCCUCUCUUUCUCUCUCCCCCUCGAUCUCUAUCCAUCUCCACUCGAUGGGCUUUGCCGGUGAAAGAAGGUCAAAGAUCGAUCGUCGAGUACGAGGGUCGUGACCUCACGCAUACACGGGACGAGCCACGCGUGCGGCACGGCUUUCCAGCAAGAAGGUGGAUCCUUGGCAAGGAAUAACAAGAGAAAGAAAGGAGAGAGAAAGAGAACUGACUUGCCGGUGAUUCGAGUUGGUUAAGGUGGAUCUGUUUAACGAUGAAGCCGAUCGAUCGCCGGACCUCUCUUCGAUCGACGCGUUAGGCGUUGUCGUCAAUGCUCGCCGCUCGCGGACAAACAUUUUCGCGUAGAGUAGAAGAGCUGCCAAACCGAUUCGGGACCACGUUGCGUGAAAAAUUGCAACGGAAACGAGAAUCUCGAGCGGCGGAUCGGCACUCGAUUGGAUGGACACCGUGGCAUAACAGGACGAUCGAAACGGAUCAUCGAGGAUCGGCACACGUGCCUGAAACGCGAAACACGUCGCGUGACGCGGAGAAUAUGCUCGUAUCUGAUCCGCGAAAAGUAACGAUAGAUCAACCCGAUUCGCGUAGAAAAAUCAUAGAACGCUAGAGAAAAACGAUAUUAGAAAGACACGACGAAAUUAUUCUCGGCGCACUCGAAUAAAUUACUCGCGCGAAGAAAGUAUCGAGAAAGAUCGACCAAUUUAUUAUCACGAGUCUUAAUUGUCGAGUUAUCCGAGGAGCAGCGAACGUAGAGAUAUAGUGAGCAAUCUCACGAAAUCCUCCACGAGAAAGCGGAAAGAGUAUUCGCGCGAACUGCGUACCAUUAAUCGGAGAAAAACGAUUGAUAGAAAGUAUAGAACGGAAUCGAGAAACAAUGUCGCGAGAUCCGUACUCGAGCGGAAGCGGAGUGGUCGGGCCAGGAGGCGGUACUCGUUCGCCCCGAAGCGGUCGUCGCGUAGGCGAGUUGCCCACUGUCGAUCGUAGCCCGUCGAGAAGCUACGCGAGCGGUCGUGGCAGUCCUUUGGGUCGCAAGAGAGGCACUCGUAGCGGGAACAACUCGCCGGAGCACCUCGGAUUCGGCAGCUACCAUCACCAUCAGCUGGGCAGUCCGUACUACUCCCGCGACGAGGACCUCGCCAGUCCCGUGAUGCUCGAGGAGAGGGGCAGGAGUAUGUCAACCGGGGGCGGUGGGGGCGGACAUCACAGAUCCAGAAGCGCCUCGAGACCCGCCAUGUCCAGCUCGGCGGGCAUGUCAGCGAGGUAUACCAGCCUUGAUCGUGCAUCCGCGGGUAUUCUCGAUCACGAUCGCGAGUUCGUGCCGAUACGCGAUCCUCGUGAACGUAGCCGCGAUCGUGGACUCUACCUGGAAGAUGAGCUGUACGGUUCGAGAUCGGCAAGACAGAGCCCGAAUACGCACAUGCUGCGUGACAGCGGUGGCUAUAUCGGUGAACUCCAACAUCAGAACAACGAUCUCCAACGAGAGCUCGGGAACCUCAAGAAGGAGCUCGAGCUGACGAACCAAAAGCUCGGCAGCUCGAUGCAUAGCAUCAAGACCUUCUGGAGUCCCGAGCUCAAGAAGGAGAGAGCACUGAGAAAAGAAGAGAGUUCCAAGUACAGCCUGAUCAACGAACAGCUGAAGCUGCUCAGCUCCGAGAAUCAGAAACAAAGUAUGAUGGUUCGACAACUGGAAGAGGAGCUGAGAAUGCGGAUGCGAGGGCCAAGCGUCGAGAUGCAACAGCAAAUGGAAGUUUUGUACAACGAGAACGAGCAUCUGACGCGAGAGAUCGCCAUACUUCGUGACACGAUCAAGGAACUGGAAUUGAGAAUAGAGACACAGAAGCAAACCCUGCAAGCUCGUGAUGAAAGCAUCAAGAAGCUGCUCGAGAUGCUCCAAAACAAGGGGAUGGACAGAGACCGUACGAAAAUCUGGACACCGAGCAGACAUACCAAGAGCUUCUCGUUGCUUUCUGCUGUUCCAGGAAAAGAGGAGGAAAGGAUCAUGUUCCAGCAGAUGCAGUCGAUGGCCCAGAAGCAGGAGCUCAAAGCCACGAACGAGAGCCUGAAGAGUCUGCAGACGCAGCUGGAGCUGGCGUACGCGUCGACCGCGUCAUCCGGAGCAGCCGUGGCGGGCGGAAGUGCUGGUGUCGGGCUAGGUAGCGUAUCAGGUGCAGGCGGUACUGUCCUCGGAGGUAGCGUGGCGGUUCCAGGCGGCGUGCCCGGUAGCACCACCCUGACGGCCAUCUUGGAGACAAAAGACGCGCGCAUACAAACCCUGGAGAAGGAGGUGGCGUUACUCGAGGCCGAGUUACAGCGUAUUAAGGAAUGCGGCGGUAGACUAAGGGAGCAGUUGCUGAAAGCGACCGCCGUGCCUAGUAGUAGCGGGGGCUGUAGUGUACAGCAACAAACGAUAACGGAACAGACGCAACAGCAACAACAAAAUAAGGUUACCGCGGGAGGUAUCGAGUCGCAUGUGCGGCAGGGAUUGGUAACGGCCAUGGGUGGUCCGCAGCAGCCCGGCACGUUGGCCUUGGCCAGGGGACCGUCCGUGAUGACCUCGCUGGUACCGUAUGGUCACUCGUCGUCCUCGGCAUUAACCAGUUCAUUGCUUGCCGGUUCGACAGGUGGGACCACGAGCGGCGGAGGCGGUGGGGGCGGUUCCUCGUGCCUUGGCGGCAUCUCGUCGGGCGCUGCCACCGGCGUGGUCAAUCCCUAUACCGAUCGUUACGCCGAUCAUCAUCUCCAUCAGCUUCAUCAUCAUCCUCAUCAUUAUCAGCAUCAUCUCCAUCAACACCAGCAGCAUCAACAGCAGCUGCAGUUGCAGCAUCAGCAGCAAAUGCAGCAACACUUGAAACAUAUUGAGCCUGCGGCGCAGGGCGCACUGGCUCUACACGCGCACACCUUCAACAAGCACGACAUGAACUUCAAACGGCAACUGGACGAGCUCCGGACCGAAGUGCAGCGUAGGGAUCAGGAACUACUCGCAAUGUCCGCCAAGAUGAAAACCCUCGAAGAGCAGCAUCAGGAUUACCAACGGCACAUCACCGUGCUCAAAGAGUCGCUCUGCGCCAAGGAAGAGCACUACAACAUGCUGCAGGCUGACGUGGAGGAAAUGCGGCAGCGGCUCGAGGAGAAGAACCGGAUGAUCGAGAAAAAGACGCAGGCCGCGAUGCAGGCGCAACAGGAACGCAAUCGUAUGAACACCGAGCUGACUGAGCUCAAGGAUCACAUGGACAUCAAAGACAGGAAGAUUAACGUGCUUCAGCGUAAGAUCGAGAAUCUAGAGGAUCUGCUGAAGGAAAAGGACAACCAGGUCGACAUGGCCAGGGCGCGUUUAACGGCAAUGCAGGCGCACCACUGCAGCAGCGAAGGUGCCCUCAGUAGCCUCGAGGAGGCGAUAGGAGAUAAGGAGAAGCAAAUGGCACAAUUACGGGAACAGAGGGACCGGGCGGAACAGGAGAAACAGGAAGAAAGGGAAUUACACGAGAGGGAAAUCGCCGAGUACAAAAUGAAAAUACACGCUCUCGAGUCCGAAGUUGAGAAAUUGGGCGCCCGUUUGGAAAGAGCACAAGCAGAAAAAGACCGACUGGAAGCGAAGCUGGAAAGUUCACAGUCGGAGCUCGGCAAGAGCAAAGCCGAACUGGACAAGGCUGCGUCCGAGGUUGGUCGUAGCGGAGCCGACUGGGAGGCUGCCAAACAGAGACUGACCAGGCUCGAACUGGAAAACGAAAGACUCAGGCACGAUCUCGAAAGGUCUCAGAGCACUUACGGCAGAAGCACGCUGAAUUCCUCUCAGGAAAUGGACAGGAUCUCCGAAAGAGCCGAGAAGACAGCCGCGGAACUCAGGAGGGCUCAGGCUGAGCUCAGGGUCACGCAGGCUGACAACGAAAGAGCUAGGGCUGAAGCUGCUGCUCUGCAAGAAAAGGUGGAAAAGAGUCAAGGUGAGGUGUACAGACUGAAGGCCAGAUUGGAAAAUGCUCAGGGUGAACAAGAGAGUCUUCGAGAUGAAUACGAUCGAGCACAGGCUUCGGUGGCUCGUCUGCACUCGGAACGGGACAAGGCAAUCGCGGAACUUGAAAAAACACAAGAGGAACUGGAACGGACACAGGCUACUCUGGGCAAGGCACAACUUCAACAGGAUAAAUUGCAAAAUCUACUGGACAAAACGCAAAGUGAAGUGGACAAGCUUCAAGAGAAAUUGGAUAAAACGCAAACGGAAAUUCGCAGGAUGCAAAUGGAAAAGGAAAAGCAGAACUACGAUUUCGAAAACUUGCAAAGUCAACUGGACAAAGCGCUCGGCCAAUCGACAAGGAUGCAGAAAGAACGGGAAACGAUUCAAUUGGAAGUUGACCGGUUGCAGGAUAAGUACGAGAAAGCUCAGAUGAUAAUGCAACGACUACAGAAGGAGAGGGACAACUUUCAGGAAGAAACAGAGAAACUGCACGAGAGGAUAGAGUUCCUACAGAAUCAAAUAGCGAAAAUGCAACGGGACAAGGAGAACGUACUAUCGGAACUCGAAUUAGUUAAAGAGAGAUGGGAGAAGGCUCACAAUUCUCACCAGAAGUUAACCCUUGAACGAGACGACGCUAUGACUGAAAUCGAAAUCCUGAAGGAGAAACUGGAGAAAGCGCAAUACUCGAUGAACAAGGCUCACGAGGAACGGGAGAACGCGAACAAGGAGUUCGAGAAGAUGCUGGAGAAGUACGACAGAGCCCAGAGCGAGGUGUAUCGGCUGCAAAAUCGCAUCGAAGUGAUGGAAGCUGACAAAGACAGGCUAGAGCUCGAGGCGGAAAAGCAACAGAUGUUGGCAUCGAAGAGUCGCGACGAGGCAAGGAAAGCCCAAGAGGAAUUGGCCCGCGUGCAAGAGAUGUACGAUCGAGCGGCUCUCCAAUUAGGUCGCACGAAGGAACACGAAGAGAAAUCGAAGGAAGAUCUAGAUAGGUUAGCGGUGGAUCUGGAAAUGGUACGGGAACGUUACGAGAAAUCGCAGAUCGAGCUACGCAGGUUACAGAACGAAAGAGAGAAACUUGUAGCUGACAACGAGAGGAUCAGUUUCGAAUUGGAGCGCGCUCACUCCCAGUUGACCAAGGCUCAGGCGGCGACAGAUAAGACGCAGGAGGAGUUAGCACGAAUGCAACUGGAGAUAGAAAAGAUGUACGAGAAACACGACAGGCAGCAAGCCGAAGUGAGGAAGGCGCAAGCGGAGACGGAGCGGCUGCGAGUGGAGGCUGAGAGCGCGCGCGAAGAGUGCGAGAGGUACGCGACCAGGUUCGGCAAGUAUCAAGAAAGCCAAGAACGGCAGAAGGAGGAACACGAGUGGGCGAAGCUGGAGGUGGAGCGGCUCCGCGAUCGGCUGGAGAAGGCGUUGGCGGAACUUGAACGCGCGAGGAAGGCCGAGCAGGACGCCUCGAGGCUGCGCGCCGAUCUGGAACGUGCGGAAGGGGUGCGAGGUAAAUACCAGUACGAGCAAGAGAAGUGGCAAAGCGAGGGUAGUAGGCUACAACAGGAGGUGGACAAGCUGCGCGAACGCCUGGAGGGCCGUGAGUCGGAGCUGAAGAGGACGCAGUCGGGCAACGCCGAGCUCGAGGCGAAGCUGCACGAGACGCAGCUUCAGCUCGAGCGGGCGCGCGAGGAGACCAACAAGGCGACUGCGGCGCAGGAGCGGAAUCGCGGCGAGAUCGAACGCGCUAGAAUCGAAACCGAGAAGAUACGCGAUCGUCACGACAAGGUGAAGGCGAGAGCGGACGCCCUGGAGGCGGACAACGAGAAGCUCCGCGUCGAGAUUGUACGGCUCGAGAGACUGAUGCAAACCGAGGGUAAGACCAGAUCGGAGAGCGCGAGCAUCGAGGUCGAACGGCUGCGCGCCAGCCUCGACAAGGCGAUCGUCGCGCGCGAUCAGGUGGAGCUCGAAGCGGGCAGGCUGGCCAAGGAACUCGAGAAGACGCACAUGCAGACGGCCAAGUAUCAGGAGGCCGCAGAGGCGAACAAGAAGGAGCUCGAACGGCUAGCCGCGGAGAUGCAGCUGCUCAGGGACGAACGGGAGGCACUCAGGCAGGAACUGAGACGGGUGCAACAGCAGCAGCAACAACAACAACAGCAACAACAGAUCGCUGGCAGCGAGGAGAUAGCUCAUUUACAGCACGAGCUGCAGCUCGCUCAACGGGAACGCGACAAGAUGGCCGCGAUCCUCGAGAAUCGAGAGAAACACUCGGAGAAGAUCGAGAAGGUGAAGGAAAAGCUCGAGGCGGAGGCGAAACAGCUGCAAGUGGAACGCGAUCAAUUGGUGAUACAGCUAGAGAAAUCGCAGGAGAUGCUGGUCAACUUCCAGCAGGAACUGAACACGAACGAAGCGGAGCUCGAGCGUCAACGCGAGGAGGUUCGCCGGUUGCAGCAGAUGCAACAACAGAGGGUACACGCGCAGACGCCGGAUAGAGCCGCGAAGGAGGCCCUCGAGGCGCAGAUGCGAGAGGUUCAUCGGCUGAGCCAGCAGGUGCAAAACCUGACUCAGGCCCAGACGAAGGAACGACAGAGGGCCGAUCAGGCCGAGAAACGCGUGCAAGAACUUCAGAAGCAGAUCGUCUCGAGGGAUACGAGCGCGGCUGCCGGUGGCGUGAACGAGGCACAGCUCGAACAAUGGAGGAAGCUAUGCGAGACGGAGAAACAACGGGCGGACGCGGCCGAGAGGCAGGCUGCUGAGCUACAAAAACGUAUCCAGAACACCGAGAGGCAGCUACACGCUCAACAACAGCAGAUCCAGCAGAUGCAGGUGACGAUGCAGCAGCAACAACAACAGCUACAGCAGCAGCAACAGCAUCCGCAACAAAACGGCCAGGAGGUCGCCAGGUUGAAAAAGGAGCUCGAGCGCGCGCAAGAGAACGUUAAGCAGGCAGGCGUCGAGCGCGAGCGGUUCCAGGAACAGCUCGAAAAGCUGUGCCAGGAACUGCACAAAUAUCAGGUGGACUUGCACGAGGCGAACAAGAAACUCCAAGCUGGCGCCGCGAAGGCUGGUAUCGAUACUACUCAAGAGAGAAGACAAUUGGAGGAGCAGAGACGCCAAGUGGAAGAACAGAGAAAGCAGAUGGAAGAACGAGCGAAGUCCGUAGAUCAGAAAGCUAGAACGAUAGAGGAGAAGGAGAGGACGCUCCAAGGUCUCGACCAAGACCUAAAGAAACGGAAAGCGAAGAUGGAUCAGUUGGAGCAGCAGUUACAAAGAAGCGGUGGGUCGCCGGACAAGAGGUUGGCGGAAAUGCAGAAGGCUCUCGAAAAUUCCGAGAAGGAGCUGGAAAAGGCGAAAGAAGAGUCGACCAGAAGCUCAGCCGAGACGGAAAGGUUACUGCACCUGAUGCAGAUGACUCAGGAAGAGCAGAAUGCCAAGGAGAGACAAAUCAGAGAACUUCAAGAUGCACUCAAAGCCGCACAAGCCAAGUUGAAACAAGCCGCAACUGCACAGCAACAAGAGCCAGAAACCUCUGGAACCGCUCUCCAAAACGCCAGGGAACGCGAGGAAUCUAAGAAAAUGGAGCUGGAAACGAAAGACCGGCGAAUAUCGGAACUAGAACUGAAGGCAUCCUCCCUGGAGAAAUUGCUAAAGGAGCAAUUUGCUUGUUCGAAGAAGAUGAAGGACGCUAAGAACUUUAGUUUGGAGGAUAACGAGAGCUGGAAGAAGGAGUUGGAACUGAAGAACCAAAAAAUUGCCGAACUGAAGGAUCAACUGGCAGUCUGUAAAAGCGUGAAGAACAGUGACAACGAAUGCACCCAAAACUUGAAAUUGACGGAUGAACUAACGGAAGAGAAGGAGACCUGGAGGAAGGAGAUGGAGGUGAAGAACGAACGCAUAUCGCAGCUGGAAGACGAAAUAAAAACCCUCAAGUGUUCAAGGGUGGAAUCAAAAAAAUGCAAAGACAACGAACCUAAAGUACAAGAUAACGACGAGACCUGGAAAUUAGAAAUUGAAACGAAGAACCGACGAAUCGUUGAGUUGGAGCAAGAAAUGGAGUCCCUGGAGAAUUUCCUCAGGGAACACGCAGACACCGAAAGCGUACGAGAUCUAGAGGUUGUAAUCGAGAGGAAAUCGAGAAGAAUAGAGGAACUGGAGGACACUGUGGCUGAGUUCGAGGACUUUCUGAAGCAGAAUCCCGAUGUAAAAGAGCUGCAUGAUCUUCGUUGUCAAGUGACCGCUGGGAAUAGACGAAUUCAGGAAUUGGAGAGGUGGAUUCAAAAGAACGGCGAGAAUAGAGAAUCUAGAAUCAAUCAGGAAAGAGUUAUCGAAUUGGAAGAGAUGGUCACGCAGUUAGAAGAGUACGUGAGGAAGCACAACGUGGAUGUGUUGAAAAGAAAGUUACAAGAUCGUGAGUGCAGAAUCGAUCAGUUGCAAAGUCGAGUUGGAUAUUUGGAAAAGGAACUGUUGAAAGUCGAAGAAAACCAUCGAGGAAAAGAAACACAAAAGGACCAUGAAGAGGAAGGGGCGACUAUGAAACCAGACGAUCCUCCUUGCGCUCAAGCGAUCCAAUGCGCAGAGGUGCUUGAAACGGAACAAAAGAUGAGGAAGAUGGAGCUUGCCAUAUUUGAGAAGGAUAACAAGGUUCAGGAAUGCGAACAGCAGAUCGUCGAAAAUAAAGAAGAAAUAACGAAACUCGAAAAACAGGUAGCUACUCUGAAAAAAGAACUAAGUGAAUACGACGAUAUCGGGGUUCUAAAGGAAGAAAUCAGAGUGAGGGAUGAGAGGAUUCAACAAUUGGAGGAUGAAGUAGACUCUCUCGAAAGAGCCUUCAGCGAAAGGAUCGAUUUGGAGCAAAUUGAGGAACUGGUAAAUGUGAUCAAGGAGAAGGAAGACAAGGAACGACAAUUUUCGAAAGAAUUGACGGAGAAAAGGAACAGGAUCGAGGAGCUCAGCGAAGCUCUUCGCGAAAGCGUUGUCAUUACAAGCGACAGCGAAAGAAAAUUACAAAACGAGGAGAAAAUGAAGAAGGAAGCUCUUCAAAGGAUAGCUAAGCUGGAACAAAGAAUUGCCUCGAUGCAAUCCGCUUCAGCGUUAAAGUGCAUUACUUGUCAACCCCUUCUUUCGAAACUGCACAAAUACGAGAAGAAACUUAGAAGUUUUACCGAAGAGAGAACCAUGCAACUCGAAGACCUUCGUCAAAUGAAACGAGAAGCUCUGAAAGCAGCAGUCUCCGAGAAAGACGCACACUUGGCUCUGCUAGAACUUUCAGGGCUAAAAACUGUUGCUCAAUCCGAGCAAGCGGAUCAACUGAAAGCAGAUAAGAAGAGAUUAUUGGAGAAGUUGAAGAAAGAGGAUGAAGAAAGCAUCGAAUUAUCGGUGGAAUCUAGCCCAUUUUGUUCAGAGGGAACGCUACAACUACUCACGAAGAUUUUGGAAACAUCCGACGACGACGAAGAAGAAACAUCGAACGGUCGUCGCAGUGAUUCAAAUUCCCCAAGACCGGCUACGACGAACGGCGACAGUUGUGCUGAUUCAAAGAAGACAUCGAAGGAAUUGGAAUCGAGAAGCAAACGAGAGCUGGCGGGCAAGAGCCACCAACAGGAUAGCAGAUAAGUAGACCAGGCCACGUACAAUCGUAACGAAUGUAGAAAGCGGAAACGCUAUCGAUCUUCUUCGUUUCUUCGAUGUUGUCACGUGCACACACACACGCAACCGUAGAAGCCAUCUAGAGCAUUUCUAGAGCCUUAGAGAAAAAGCAAAAAAUCGGCAAACAGGCAACCAAGAUACCUCAUCGACAUCGACAGCGACAAUACAACAGACAGCAUCCCCGUGUCGUUCAUCAUUCAUCAUUUAUUAUCAUCACGAUCAUCAUAAUCAUCAUUAUCGUCAUCCAUCACUUUCAUCCACAGUACCAUCGUCCACGUUGCCCUUGCUACAAUUACAAGGAAUCGGCCAAGGAGGAUCGUUCAAUGGGGCACUGGUAGCUCACGAUCAGUUUUAUCGAAUUAAAUUAUACGUGGCUACACUUUUGCCUGGAUUUUCCAGAACAUAAGGCAAGAUCGAUCGACGAAAUAACAUGUUCGAUCGAUCGGAAGCGUCACUAAAAAGAACGCGCGUGUUCGUAAUUUGUAUCGUUUCGAUGUAGCGAGCGAUGCGUCAAAGUGCAGAAGUUAUGUUUUACGAAGCUCAACGGAUUUUUUCAGAGGAGUUUGCUCAUUAAACGAUAAAACGAAACAGGGCGUCAAUGGAAGAUCGGCUACACUUGUUACGAUAGUAUUUAGGUAGUUUUCCAGUAGAUGAGUUGAUUGCAUGUCCCAGAAUCAUCCGUGGAUGCUCUGUUUCUGAUACGAAUAAUAUACGUUUGUUGAUUGGUUGACAUUAAUUUUUUUAUAAUUACGACGUCGAGUUUCGUUCGGACUUAGAUUUUUAUCAUUUUUGCUCUAUAUAGAAAUAAAAUGAUAUUAGAGAAGGUGAACACGACGUAAGGGUAGCAGAACGUAUUUCAUCCUUUGGACAGGUGACUAUAAUUUGAAUAUCAAAGAGAAAAGACAGACAGUAAAGGAAAAUAGAAUCACCCUUUCGAUAUUAAUUUAAAAAACUUGACGUAUACUUGUCCGUUAAUAAUUAGGAGGAACGAAUUUAAUGCUAUAGGAAGUUACUUGUCGAUCAAUUCUGCGAGCAUCGUACCCCCUUCUGUCAUUAAUAUUUUCCCACUGCCGCAGAAAAGAGCAAUCGAUCGAAAGAGAAAACGAGCAUACGAACAGUUUCACUCCUUUCUAUUUUUUUGGAUUUUACGUCACGGUGUCCAAAGAUCGUCGUUGUAUAACGAGCGCUAGAACUCUAGUUGAAGGAAACCGAAAAUAAAAAGAUAGUAACGAACGAGUAAAAAACAAAAGAAAAUAAAAAAGAACGGAACAGAAGAUAUAGUUAGAUCGAAGAUAUAGUUAAGAACGAAAAUAAAAUACGCAGUACGAGCGAUAACCUGCGAACUUCCAUUGAAGCAAUGACGUAUGCGAAUGGGCCGAUAUUGUUUCGAGGUUUAAUGGAAUACACGAGGGCGACUGAAAGGGAAAUUCGAGUCGUGGCGCUGAUUAGCUUUCAAGAUGACAAUAAACGAACGUUUCGUGCAUGCUCGAUGAUCUUGCGAUGCAAAGAUUAAAAAACGAAAAAAGAAACAAAGGAAGAACGAAGUAAAAGAAAAUUCGGACGCACGAAAAAAACGCACUUUUCUCUCCCAUCGGAGGAUUCGUAGAUCUAUCGUUCCGAAUCUUCAACGCUGUAGACAACCUGUAGAAAAUAUUGAUCGUGAAAAAUCGAGCACGAGUUAAACGAGAGAUUUUCUUCUAGGUUCGUAGAAUCAAAACUUUCAUCGACUGGACUACGUGUGUAUCGUGUGAUAGAUAAUUUAUGGCAUCGUUACAGAGGGUGUAAUGUACAUAUUAAUCGUGAAUUACUCUACGAACGUAUGUAUACAGUUGUAGAAUACUAUUAUAAAUGCGUCAUUGGUAUGUUAACCGAGCUACGAUUAUGGUAAUGCGUUUAGAGAACUGUUAACGCAUGAACGACUUCCAUAUAGUUUCUCAGCCCCAUUUAUUCGUCUAUUUUAUGUUGACAGUCGUGCAAAUAUUUAUGGAAAUUGUUGGAAAGCCUUCGUUCGUCGACCGAUAGAACGAUAUUUAUUGAAUAUUGUUAUGAGAUCUUUACACGUGUAAAUAGUCACGAGUAGAUACGUAUAUCUAUAGAUGAGAUUUAGAGCAUUUAUAGCAAUUUCGUGUGAAGUAUGUUUACGAUUUGUUUUACAAAAAUCUGGAUCCCUCCAGUUUAUACUUAUUCUUCUUUACACUGUUUCGUCUUCUACGUCUUUUAGAUAUUGUUGCAACUCUUCAAAGUUCAUCAGUUUAAGCUAACGUUAUGGCUUAAUUAUUUAAUUUUCUUUUCUUUUCUUCUCAAACCAGUUAAAAGGAGCAUCGAAUAAAAAUGACUAUCGCUCCUUUAAAAAUAAGUUUUUCUCUGAAAAUAGUCUAUAUGAAAGCAAGUUGCACCGAUAUCUAAUCGAGCUUCAAAUAGAAAGCCUAACGGUGUGUUGAUCGAAUGAAACGCGUCGAUUUUACUUCAGACUCUAUCUUCUAUCGAAAAAUUGUUAAAACGAACCACUAUUACCAUUUAUUAUUCUGUACUACUAGUUCCAAAAAUAAUGCUCGAUCGCAUCCACGAAACCAAAGCAAAUAUACAAUUGGUACGAAAUCAUCGAGCGUUUUCUUCGUGCGUCGUCGAAAAACGCAUCCAGGACACAUGUAGGGCUACAACGAUUGUCUAGACGAAGGAAGGAGAUCAGAGGCGUGCCCUUUUUUUGAAGAAGGGACGCGUGUCGAAGAGACACCGGUUAAAGUCACUGUUUCCGAAACGAAGUCGAGGCACUAAGCCCUUCGUGAAUUCAGGUAGUCAACUCGAUGAUCUCCGAUGAUUAUCAUAAACUACGUUCGACGAGAAAACGAUGGACCGAAGUUGUUGGACGCGAGCGUACGUCGUCCGUGUGUUCGUAACGCGUUAUGAUAAUCGUCGCGAUCGUCACAAUUUCGCAGGAUCCGUUCUCGAGAGAGUAUUUUUUCUCGGCAUGCAGCGAGUAAGAAUUUUCAGCGACUUAUUUGGUACAGCACUGAACAGGAGAGCUAAGAAAGGAGUAUAAAACCCGAGGCACUAAAAAGGACAGAGAAACUAGAAACGAGUCGUUUGUACAUAGUCGUGUGUCGAUGUUUCUCCGAUAGCCCUGCUCAUGAUGACAAAAAAAAAAAAAAAAUAGCGCGCCCACUUGUGGUCCCCGCUGGUUCUGUACCCAUUCCCAAGCAUACAGCUAGUCUAGAGUUACCUGUAUUAUGUGUACACAUAGUUAUAUCUCGUUAAACGAAUUUGUCGAGCAUUUAACACAGUCUAACCUACGAAUGCUAACGCCAGAUGCAUGAUUAUUGUAUACCGGGCCGCGAUUUCGCGCGGGAACGAAGGGACACGCGACCAGCAAAGGAAGCAAGAGCACGUCCAACGAAACCGUGUAAAAUCUUCGCUAGAAAAAGCGUUAAUGCGUUAACCAAGCCGAUAGAGACGGACGAUAAGUGAAACGUUUCGCUGCGAACGUGCGAUUCUUUCUUCGAGUCGAACAUCCCAGGCCAUCGUGUUGCGAAUUGAACGAAAAAUCUGCGAGCUAUCACAUGGAUGAAGUUCGUCGUUUCGAGCUUCGAGGGGAAAGGAAAUUUCAUGAAUGAUUAAAAAUACGAACGGCGCAUUUUUCGUCCAGUGUCCGCUCGCCGCGUAUACAUAUUAUAUAUAAAUGAAGUAUACAUAUAUCGUCGUGUCUGCCGUACGAAGAGUUAAGUGACAUGUUGAAAGUGUAAAAUUUUAUCGUUAAUACUUUAAAAAGAUGCUCUCUUUGAUUCGUCGAUAAAACGCUCUUUCUCGUUGCUAAUACACGACACACCUUUUUCCCGUUCGAUCUCUGACGCGAACCUUUCAAACAAAACGAACCAUCCUUUCGAAAGACUUAACACUCGCGCGAAUUCUACUGACCUAGAAGCUAGAUCACGUUGGAAUCGAUGGGCAUCGGAUCGUAAACAGGGCAGACAAUCGUCGAGAACGACAUUAUAAGCGAGAAUUAAACGCGCAGCAAUACCUCAUCGAACGGCUUCUCUGCCCUGUGCAAUCGGAAAAACGGCGUUGGAAUUUUGGUCACCGACUUGCAUCCAGUCGGAGGAAUAUCCUACUUUCCCUCUCGGCUCGAGCGUUAUUAAAUAGCGUAAGACUAGCGUAUGGAGCACGCAGUCUCUUAAUUCGUUUCCUAUGCGUCCGUUAAAAUCGUCGGCGCUCUUACUCAUUAGACGCUGGCAGAAUCGUAGUUUUUUAAUUCUUUAAAUUAUAUUCGAUCGAAAUGGAACAAUUCAACGAACAUGAUGAAAGGUAAACGUUAAAAUUUCUUUAAAAAAUAAGCGAGGGCGAAGACUCUCUGGUAAAAUUUGUUGAGACAUUCUAAGGGAAAUUUAAUCCAGACAAUCGAACGACGACGAAACUGACCAAGCCAACCAAUAAUGAUAAUCAAAGACACUUACUUCUUACCUGAUCUACUUCGUUUCUGUGAAUCCUAAUUUUCUAAGCGCGAAAUAUUCUUAUUCGAAGCUCUUACAUAACGAUAGCUCGAGAUUAUUUCAGAGGGUUUUCGUUCUUCGGUUCUGAUCUAUGUUCUCCGAAUUAUCGAGUCGAGAGAAGGACAGGAAAAGAGAGAAGAAAAGGAAUAAAGGUUAGUAAACGUGUGCCACCGUCAUAUCAAGCCUAUAUCAUCGUGUUACAUUAUACAUAUUAUAUAUAUAUAUAAUAAUAAUAAUAAUAUAUAUAUAUAUAUAUAGCUAAGCAGAAAAAAAAUUAAUAUUAUCGUUAAUUGACACAAUUGUUAACGUGGAGUGACUGCGUUUUGUAUGCAUGUGUGUGUGUAUGCGUGUCUGUAUGUGUGUGUAUUGGUGAGCAAACAAAUAAAAGAAGUCUUUCUUUCGAUCGCUCGAGAAUUGAGAUGGCCUGAGAGCAAGUUUUCAAAUCUUAAAGAUCUUCUUACUGGCACUCUUUAUUGUCCGAAAUAUUAAACUAAUCACUUCAAUCAGUAAUAAAACAAUCACUUUGACAUUUAUCAUCGUAUCGUCUUUAUUAGAGAUUUUAAAAAAGUUUGUAACCGUAGGAUGUAAUCCCGCUUUAAUAAUUGAUUAAUUAUCUUGAAUUUUAAGACUGUUUAACGAAUAAAUGAACAGGCGAAUGCGGCGAAAAGCUUCGAUAUUACAACGUUCUAUUUAAAAAUAGUCUGUCCUCCGAGAUACAUUGAGUAUUUAACGAAAGAUAUAAAAAGAACGACUGACGAAUGUGACGAGCAGAAUUUCUCGACCAGUGCGUCGGGAUUCUCGCUAAUAAUACGAUUAACGCUAUUAAAAUCUCUUUAAAAACGACGUAUAACGAAAUGCGGCUUCAAAUACGAAUACUAGGAAGAGCGAGUUUCGUUACUUUCUCCCAUCUUCGAACUUGAAAGAGGAAUCAGUAACAAGAUGAAACUAACCCUUUAUUUGGAAACGCUAGGACAAAUUUAAUAAUUCCUUUUAGAUUAUUCUUAGAAACGUAUACUCUACUUGAAUGAAAGAUGGCCAAACUUCGAAAUCAUACAACUUGAUAGCUCGUUAGGCGAUACGAAUCUUUAGAACUCAUAAUUAACUACAUUAAAAUCUAUGUUUCUAAAAGUAGGAAAUAGAAACUUAAGGGUUUCUUGAAACCAAGUAACGGAUCGACAGAUUGCCCAGCGAGGAAUUGCUAUAGGACAAGAAUCUGAGCGAGCAGGGCUACCUACCAGCCCUGCAGCUUGAAUCGUUCGUGCCGCACUCGAGUGAUCCUAAGCUGAGACUGUUCCGUGGAACACGAGCGAAAAUGCAACGCGAGGAGAGCGAGUAUCGUGUGAGCACGUGAACGAGGCCGUCUCGAUAUUAUUUUUCGACUCGACUGUUUAAUAUCUACGAUGAAAAAACGUUUUUAUGUGAAUAUUGCGUAAGGAAAGUCGUUGCGGCGUAAUCGACUCGCGUUGGAAUCGCGGCCAUAUAUCUAUUAAAAAUUUCACCGAUAAAAAAAUUUCGAUCGAUUUCCUUGCCAGUGGGUUGCGCAAUUGGCAAAAUAAUUAUCAGAAAAAUAAAUGCAGGCCGCGAAUCUCACGGGAAACAACGCUGCGACGGCGUCGCUCCUCCCGCCCCCUUUUUUUAUUCUCCAAUUUCUACGUGUUUAAUCGUUAAGCGAAAAACAGCUGAUAUCAGCGACAGAGAGGAUGCGAGAAGUAAAAUGAGAGGGAAAGGGGAAACGAAAAUGAAGUAAAAAGAAAACUACGGCGAUGCAGCGAAACGGUGAAGGGAAUCGAGUAUCGAACGCCGAUUAACGUUCGAGUUCGAUCAUUAAUUAAAACACGCAAUACGAUUUUCGACCGUGUGUACAUACCUAAGAGAACGAUAAUAAUGCGUGAGUGUGAAAUAAACACGUGAGAGACGAGUGAAACGAGCGAGAAACACCGGUGAGAACGAGACGAGUCGUGUUAAGCCUAGUCUAUACGACGCUUAAUUAACCGAGCGAACCGAUGAUCGACAGGGAUCGAGGGAUCCUUUCGUAGUGCCAUUUCUUUCUGCGUUUGUUUCUCUCGAGCACGUGAUAGGAGUCCUCGAUCGACACGGAUCGCCCUGGGAUAAGAGAAAAACGACGAGGCUAGAAUAAGUUUAUCGAGUAAGCUAAUAUAAGUUAUUUAAAAAAAAAAGAAGAAAAAAAGUAAACCGUUUAUUGAAGUACAUUGUUGCAACUGCCAUGCUGUGUGCCAUUAUAUAACGAGUCACGUUUGUCGUAAAAAGCAAGAAAAAAGAAAAAAAAAACAGUGUAAAAUGUGGAAUGAAAAAUCUCUUGCGCGCGUUCCCGUCUGUCUGAAUUUCUCCGUUACACCGCUUCAAAAAGGUGUCAUGGCCCGUUAGCCUUCGUUCUGCGUGCGAGACGUCGUUUUUUGCACAUUCUAAAACGCUAUAAAGGCACUGAAUAACGUAAAGCGACCAAAAAAUGAUAAAGCAUAGGCAAGGAAAUUCUACACGUUCAUGCCUCAAAACGCUUUUACACGAACCAUCUAACCAAAGUUCAAACAAUUUACAAUUAGUAUAUCUAUUAAGGACGAGAAUUCGAAGGUUUUCCCGAAGGAUAUAAAAAACUGAAGACAUUUUUCGGUAUAGCUUUUCGUAAGCUGGUUUCAAAGGACUCGCGUAUACUUGCCUAUGCGAACCGGCGUAUACAUUAUAUCAAAGAUCGAAGCACCAUAUAUAAAUAUGACUAUUAAUAUAUACAAACAUAUAUGUUACCGCGGGUGGGCACGUAUACGUUGUUUUCGUUGAAUCUCCCGAGUCUCCAUCGCAGACGAAGAGGAUUUUUCCAAUAAAAAAAAAAAAAAAAAGAAAGAAAAGAAUAUUAGAAAAGAA